UUCUUCUUCUUCCCGAGUCUCCCCUAUCUCUCCUCUCAAACGCUCCACCACCUUUUCAAGGUACUUCGAACCCAAGUGUUGAAUUUGUUAUCAGAUAGUACAGAAAAGAAAGAAUGGCGUGGAGAGGCCAAUUAUCGCGAAACCUCAAAGAACUACGAAUUCUGUUUUGCCAAAAAUCCGAUGCGAGUGCCUGCGCUAGGUCAUUCGUGGAGAAAAAUUACAAGGAUCUCAAGACGUUAAACCCCAAAUUCCCAAUCCUUAUCCGUGAAUGCAGUGGGAUCGAGCCCCAGAUGUGGGCUAGAUAUGAUAUGGGCGUGGAGAGGGGCAUUCGCUUGGAAGGUUUGACCGAGCCUCAGAUUUUGAAGACACUAGAAGACCUUGUGAAAGCAGGGGCAUCCCUUAAAGCCUAAUAAUAUUGCUGCUAUUGAAUCGAAUGGUUUUGAAAUAAAUUGAUAUCCACCAGAAAUUGCUUCCAUCGAUGGUGUUCCUCUAUUUUCCAGCUAUCAUGCUGAUGUUGACAGUAUGGUUGUUUAAAAAUUUAGUGCUUGUGUUGUUCUCUUGCCAUUUUAAGGCGAUUCAACACACAGCGGAAACUUCCUUU